AAUGAGAGAUAUUUCAGUAAAAGAAUCAAUACAGUAUAGUUUGGGUGAUGAUAAUUCAUCCACUUAUUUAGCUACAAGUCCGAACGGUGUUCUUGCGGCGACUUUUAAUUCCGUCAAUUCUGAAAUUAAAAUUUACUUCGAGGUUAACAAUAAAGAUAAUUUAACUACACCUGAUAACUCGAUGAAAAUGGAUGAAUAUAAUUUAAAAUCUAAAAAAGUAUAUUUUUCUUUGGCCAUAUCUGAUCCCGUAAAUACCGAAAAUGAUGCAUUUGUAGCUGUAUCACGAUUUUGUCUUAUAUCUAGGAAAGAAAAUCCAACAGAAACGUUUGUGUUAUUUAUAUCAAAAGAUAAGCAUGAGCGUAUCGAAAGUACUGUAGAUAAUCGCGGUGGGGUCAUUAGAUUUUUGAAAAACGAUUCGGUGAAGAAGGCCGAUCAAUCGAACGAAUUACCUAAAUGUGAUGUACUCGAAAUUAAAAAUGAGGUUCUAAUUUUAAUGAACGCUUCUGGCAUUACUAAAGCAUUAAUCACAAAUUCUAGUAAACCCAAUCGAUCAAUCUUUAAAAGUACGUCGAUGAUCGUUGAAAAUUAUUUGUCAAAUUUGGUCGCGAAAGAAUAUGAAUUUCCAACCAUUAUAAAAGUUAAACUUGAUAAAUUAUAUCAUGACUCAACUUGUACAAGAUUUUUAAAUACCAUCAUUGAAAGAAAAUAUUUAUUUGUUGAAGAUUAUAAAAAUCAGAUACUUGAAAUGUAUAAUUUACAAUCCAUGAAUUUAGAAUUGACAUUCAAACAGCGUGAUCAAGUUGCCAUUUCAACGAAGGUGCAUGGAAAUGCUAUAUUUUCCAUUUCAAAACGUGGUCAUUUAUUAGCAUAUUGCAAUGGUACAAAGAGUAUUACGAUUUAUUUAAUGGAAAAUGGACUUGAGAUUACUACGAAAGAAUUUACUGACGCAAUGAAAAUCCUUUCAAUUUCAUUUAUUGACGAUGAUGAAAGAUUAUUUGUUGUCACUGAAAAUGUCACUGAGGAAUCCUCUGAGGAAGCCCCUGAAGAAACCAUUGAAGAAGGCACUGAAGAAGCAUCUGAAGAAGCAUCGGAAGAAGGAACUGAAGAUACCAUUGAAGCAUUCACUAAAGAAGCCGAAGCUUAUGAUGAAACAAUCACUCCAAAAAUUUAUAUAUGGGACCUUUUCACUUUUAAAAAUGAUGUACAAAUGUUUGACGAUAAUUCAAAGAUUUUGAGUUCGUUACGAAAAUCUAAUAUUCACUCGAUAGCUUGCUCAAGUGGAACAAUUCUUGUAUCAUUACCGGAAGAAAAUAUUUGUUGUGGAUUGUCGUAUGUUAAAAGCAAAUUAAAACAAAUUAAUAUAUCACCCAUUAAUCUAGAAGGGUCGGAUGCCAAGAAAGAACAAAAAGGACCAUUCUUCGUUAAUAGAGAACCUUGGGUUCGUCGUGAUAAAAGUAGACAUAAACCUUAUUAUCUUGAUGAAAGUAAAACAAUUCAACUUAUAAUUGGAGAAACCACAGUUCAAGUUUGGAAGGAAAAAAAAGGUCAUGGCUCUAAAAAUAAACGAGUUUUUAAAUAUAUUUGGGUUUUUGUAGGUAAACAAAAGAUUCAAGUUAAAUCUCUUAAGAUUGGAAAUUGUGAAUUUUCAUUAGAUUUGUUAUGUAUUGAAAAGAAUGAAGUGAAAAAAAUAAAAGAGAAUAUUCAUUGGCCAAAUAAAGCUCAUGUCCUUAAAGAUGCACGUGUUGCCAUAGAGUAUCUUUACGAGCGAAGAUAUGAACCAGCAGGGUCUAAUAAUCUAAACAAAUUUAGUGAAUUGUUUAUAGGCAUAGAAAAACUCAUUAAAAAAUGUAUCAAAAAAAAUCCGGGUUUAUGGAGUUUAUCUGAAGUACGUUACGGAAUCAUGGCUAAUAUCAUUCGAUCAAAGCAUGUCCCGCUGUUACAUUGGAUUCUAUUCGAUUAUGAAGCAGAUAGCAAAAAACAAGUUAAAACAAGAGUUAGUCGUAACUUGCAUAUUCCAAGUCAAUAUGAAUGGACUAUGGAAAUGAAAAUAAGUGAUUUGAUGAUUGCGAUUAACCAAACUUUAGGUGAAAAUCGUAGGGAUAAAUCUAUCGUCGCUAUGUUACUUGAAUAUUAUUCAAAUAAUGCGGAAGAAGAUACAGGUUGGAUGUUUACUGUUACAGAGUCUCUUUCUUCGCUUAAAAAAGAUCAUUUUGAAUCUUAUUUAAAGGAAUUAUUUUACAAACCUUGCUUUGGAUCCAAAGAAGAGCUUGUGGAAAUUUGCUCAUUAAAUGUGAGGCCGCGACUCUUACGGAGACAAAAUGAGCUUUAUUGGUGGAAUAUAUUAACGUUAAAGUCGGAAAUUCUCAAAAGGUUUAAAGAAACGGACAAAAGAAAUACACAAUCAACGGAUACAACAGAUAAAAAAAGUACAGGAGCAACGGAUAAAAAAAUUACACAAUUAACGGAUACAAAAUAUGAAAAAAUUACAGGAGCAACGGGUAAAAAAAAUACACAAUCAACGGAUUCAAAAGAUGAAAAAAGUACAGGAGCAACUGAUAAAAAUGUUACACGAUUAACAACAGUACGUGUAGUGCCGUUACCGAAUUUUACAGUUUAUCCAACUAAUGCGACAGACAGAACACAUAACAAUUGGAUGAUUCCGUUAAAACUUAUUAAACUCAUAUUUUUACCAAGAAGAUAUAUGGUUCAUGAUAAAGAUCAUUUUAGUCCUUUUCUAGAACUUAUAAGUAAAAAUGAAAAUGAACAAUUGUAUGAUAAUCCUGCAAUGGAAGCCUGCAUUGAUUUUAAAUGGGGAGCAGCAAGGAAUCAUUUUUUACAAAAUUUUGUAAAAUUCAUAGCUUUUUCGUUCACAUUUGUUCUAUUUACUGGAAUUAACAAAGAUUUUGCAUAUUCAAAAGUAUUGUUUUCAUUAUUUUUUUAUAUUGGAUAUCAUCUUUUGGCAACGGAAUUUGUACAAUCUAGACACGAGGGUUUAAAAAGAUAUUUUAACAUAUAUAACAUUCUUGAUGUCGUAUCAGUUAUUCUUGCAAUAAUUACAAUGAUCAAUUAUAUUAGUGAAUUUAUAUUUGAAGAAAAGGCCAUUAUUUUGAAAUCAUUUGCGAUCUUACUUUUAUGGUUAGAAUUGCAUGUCAUAUUAGUGAAACCUGAGCUUAUUGAUUUGAAACCUAGCGGCAACAAAUUUAUGGUGGUAAACUCAAAAAAUCCAGACUUUGAAGGCCUUACAUUUGAACAAGUAUUUGACCUCAAUGAUCCUAUGGAUAAUUAUUAUAGAAAAUUGACUUAUUCUGUUAUAGGUUCUUAUUUUUGGAUCCUUGGAAGAUGGGAUCAAUUAGAAAAGUGGGACUUUUGGCCAAUUUAUGUAAUUAGUAUAGGUGCAAGUAUUUUAAUAGUCAUUAUUAUGCAAAAUUUGUUGAUCGCAUUUAUGACAGGUGUAUAUGAGAAUGCAAGAAAGAAUGUAAAAUUGGCGGUAUUAGGUUAUAGAGCUGACUUAGUCGCUGAUUAUGAAACGUUAGAAAAAUUAUUAGGUAGCUCAAGAGGGAACCCGAGAUACAUUUAUUAUGUUGGAAGUGUUGAAUAUCAAGAAGAAUGGUUACAAAAAGCUAAAAAACUUCAUAAAUCAUUAUUAAUUGAAGAUAUUAAUUGUCAAUUAUCAAAAUGUCCUAAGGUUUCAGAUGAUUCGGAUGAUUCAGAUGAUGAUCAAGACGAAAAAAUUUUAAAUGUGGCAAAUAAAGGUAAAAAUGAUCAAAAAAUUAAAUUGAAUAGUAGUGGUCAUGAGGAUAAUACCAAUAUCACGAAUGAUGAGAAAUUCUUAAAAUUACAAGAUGAGAUGAUGAUGUUGCAAAAUGAUGUUAAAGAAUUGUUGUCGAUCGCUAAGAGUAAAGAUGUUUAA